AUGGACAACAACCUCUUCCAGAGCACCGAUAAGGAGUGCAUCAUGUGCAACAAAUCAAGGCAGUGUCCCGGCUGUCAGGCCAAACUGUACUGCAGCCAGAAGUGCAGAGCAGUCGACGCCCCAGUGCACAUCCUCCUCUGUAGCUCUCGCCAGAACUUCGAAACGCGACCCCACCAGAACGCUCGGCGGGCCAUCAUCUUCGAGCAGGGCUUCCCUAGCGUCAAGUUCGCAUGGAUCGACAUCAAGAUCGAAAGCGAUGAGGAUGACGGCAUCCCCUGGGAGAAAGCCCUGCUGGACGACUACCUCGGGACCGCCAAGUUCAAAAAAACAGCGAUGUACGACCGUAACACCAUUCGCCAACGCAGGACAAAAGAGAUCAUUGGCAUCAAACAUUGGGAUACAUUUCUAGUUGAUGGCUCGCCUGUCAACCAGACCGUCGCUGCAGUUGCACCAGCGACUGGCGGUCCGGUUUGGGCAGGCCCUCUCGUCGCGAUGAAGAUACCAAAAUCGAAUUUCAAUAAUUUUUUGGACUUGGACAUGAGGGACCUACGGGAUCUGGUGGACAUGUUGGCGAUAUAUGGGCAACCGCAGUAUGCAGUUGUAUAA